AUGACUUCAAUGGAAACGAGUGUACAAAGCGGAUUAAUUCCUUCGGUAACUAAUGAACAUGAAGAAACAAGUGUAACCGCUCAACAGGAGGCCAUAAUCAAAGAAACCAUUUCCAAAGAAGAAACCGUUGUUGAAAAACAUAUUACCACUAUUUAUGCCGAAAAGACGAAAAAGAGAUAUUCCCAACAGCAAUUUCUCUCGCUUCCAGAUGAAGGUAUAGAAAUCUAUCUGAACUUUUAG